AUGUCACAGUAUAUCACUAAGCAUUACCUUCUUUUCAACCUUCUAGCUCUUACUGAGGCUGUUCGUCGUCGGACCGGUCACAAUGAAAGCAGUGACAACGUUGUGAGUCUUGGUAACUUUUCCACUUCACCGCUUGUUAUGAAUACAUUAAAUUCAUCUGUCCCCGGUCUCCCAACCAGAUUUUGUAUUGCCAAUAUUUCCAGCAGCAAUGUUAUCAGCGGCAAUGAUACAAUCUCCAGUGGAAACAGUCACUCAAUCGCCCCAGUAACGCAGACUGCCUCUCCUAGCUGUGUUCAACUUUCCGAGGUGUUCAACUCUCUUAUCUCUUCCACUUCCGGUCCCAAUAGCAAUAAUAUCCUUAUAGGUAACGGGAGUAUUCCCAUUAUAGCUGCACCCGUCAGCCUCGGUGCUGGCACUAGCUCUACUGACGCCUCACAUCAAAUUGACUAUGUAACAGCCCCUUCAACAUGUAUUUUCAAAAUGGCGGCUACACCGGUAUCCCAAUCACAACUUCAUCUUGGUUCUAAUCUACAACCUCAGAAGAGCUCUCCUUCACCGCCAAUUCCUCCGGUAUCUACUUCCACUAACCAAACCAUAAACAACCACGUAGAGCCCUUUUCGCCAGAGCAAUCACAGCAGCAUAAUAAGCAACAGCAACAGGUUCCAUCUCGAUCUUUAGUUAUUUCUGCUCCUUUGGUAACCACUGGUCAGGCCCUUAGCUUGGCUUCAUUGAAGCAUGGCCACUAG